AUGCGAAAAAGCAGGUUCCUGGCUUUGAAGAAAGCUGGAAAAGUGUGCCCUUUAAAUUUUUUUGCUGGGGCUCAUCAAGUUAAAAUACUCAGCUAUCGUGUUUUGCGGAGUACAAUUAGUUCAGACUGUUCGGUGAAUCCAACAGGCAAAUGUUUGUCAAUGAAUCAAAGGGGUCUUCAAAUGCUUCUUACCAUGCUCAUCCUCUUCCUGGGAGUUUUGGUUCCAGGGAAUGCAACUGUUUCUGAGAAGCUUGAUGAACCUUUGGUGCCACAGUUGGCCGAUCCAGAUAUAAAGUGCGGUGCAUGCCCGUGCGUGAACCCUUGCAGCCAACAGCUUCCUCCACCACCACCACCACCACCUCCAUCACCACCACCGCCGCCGCCGCCGCCGCCCCCGCCAUCUCCAUCCACGCAGUACUGCACUCCACGAACGCCACCACCACCGCCACGGUUCAUUUACGUGACAGGCCCUCCAGGGGGCUUGUAUCCGACCGACCCAUUUAAUUUGGCGGUCUAUGCUGGUGCUGGACGAGAAGUUGUUAUGGGGCUGCUGCCCUUGAUUGGAUGUAUGUUAUUAGAACUCUUCAUGUUUUCGUAUGUAUAAUCAGUAAUGGACGCCAUUUAAAGUAGCAUUGGUUGUGUAAGAAAACAUGGUGUUAUUUGUAAGUUUGGGAGGCUUGUGUGUUUAAUGAUGUUCUAGGUCUCUUGUAAUGAAUUCCCUUCAAUAACUUUCUUUUACAUAAUCCUUACAAAGCUUUGAACAAAGUUAUAAAACAAGAUUUUUUUUUUUUUUUUU